UGCGCAUCUUCAAAUUGAUAAUGGCGCGUACCUAGGCGAAAGAAAUAUCAUAAUUUUGUUAAGAAUUAUCGUGCUACCCUUCAUCAUUAUCUAUCAAUCUUUUUCAUCUUCAUCUUCACAUCCCUGAAAAAAAAAUGGUUCCUCUGUUUUUCUUGUCCUCGCUGGCUCUUCUUCAUUCCUCUAUGAUUAGGGUUGAGGCUGCUUGCUCAUAUUCCCUAUUUUGCGGUGCAUCCAAGGCUGCGCGAAAACAGGCUGCUUUCGAGCGGCGCGAGGAAAUCGAAGAAGCAUUCAAAAAGGACCGGGAAGUGGUCGACACUUUGCGGCAAAAUGCGGAGGGUUAUCUCACUUUAUGGAAGUACUAAUAAAGUACUAGUUCGAAGACGUCGAGUGAAAGUAUAGCGAUGGAGGUGGAUCCACAAAAAGAACGGUAAGGUCACAGAUGUCCACCUCCUGGUGAUCUUCUAAUUUCUGGCUUACUUCAUUGGACAAGCGUUUGGGAGCAAGGGAACUUGGAGUCUGAUAUCCUUGAAGUCUCUGAUCGAGUGGCCCAGACCAAGAUCCGGGAAAUAAAUUUCACGCUGCUUACCGCCAAGAGGUCUUUGCAAUGGCUCACCUUCAAAUACGCGCUCAACAAGCCAGGGGCGAUCUGGACUCCGCCAAGGAGCUUUCAUUAAGCUGUCUGGAAACGCUAAUUCGUAUCGGUCUAUGUACUCAACUUAUCAUGUUCGAGCAGAGGCACAUCGUGGUCGUCUUAUCUUUAUCAGCAGUUGUAGAAGCCAUUGCUAUUCCUGCGAUGCAAACGCAAAGACCACAACCUAAGUUCAUACAAUCAAUUGAAGAAGGGUCGCUCUUACUUAUUUGGCGGGAAGUUCUAACAUGAAGAAGAAGAUUUCGCUAUGGUACAUGGCGAAUUGAUGCCGAAAGUCAAGCAGAAAGCCUUGAUGGAAACCGAGGCAAGGAAAGAAGCAGAAGCGCAGUAUCAAGAGGAACCAACGCCCACUAGGAGCGUGCUGCUCGCAUACAAGGACCCGUUGUACUAAACGUAUUCAAAAAUUUUGAUUUUCUUUGAUGAAGGAAGCUUCAAACUUGUGAUCAUUGCAGCAGGCAGAAGCACCAUUUAAAAAACCAAUGAAUUAUUAAAUCGCAACAUCAGCAUGUGAAAAUGUUUCUUCUGGUUGAUUCGAGGUCAUUCACAAGCAAUAUUAUUGUUCAACAUUGCAUUUGCAACUUCGACUUCAUCUACAGUACACCGAACCUCAAGGGUGAUUUGCUGACGAAGCUCCAGUUGCUGACGUUGCAGAUAACACGUCUUUUCUCGAGCUUUGAUGAAGCACAAAGAACGUGGGAAAUCGCGAGACUUACGACCGCUUACAAGGAUAAGACCGUGCUGCAGGAAGAAGCUGAAUUUGAUGAAGAGGACGGCUGCCAGCGCGCUGCCUUUGUUCCGUCCACCAUCAUGCCUCCCAACUUCGUCCUGCUCUCCUCUGGUACAGCUUCAUCUUCUGGCCCUCAAGCUUCGUCCACUGAUGCGUUAAUGUUGGGCGACAUUGACGUCAAAGUAGAUGGGCAUUCUCGAGGAGCCACCAGUAAAAAUACUAUCGCUUCCUGUGGCAACAACACGUGGCCUACGACGAGUACACAAACCACUCAUCGUCUUAUUGACGGGAAGGAGGUGUCUCCUACAGACGAGGAGCUAAUUCAAAACGCACGCGCGAAGCGCGUUCGUGUUGUAGAUUCCAACUUCGCUAAGGACGCGCAAGUUAUGUUGAAUACAACAAGUUCGAGUCCCGUCCGUCCCUCUGAUGUGCACGUACGUCUUCGCCGAUGUAGUUUGACAAUAAUAGAAAUUUUUAUAUAUUUUCCAGGGCGCGGGGCGACGCCCCCCCCCCGGGCGCCCUGGCCCCCUUUUUGAGGCGUCUGCCCCGGGGGAAGGCCUCGAAAGGGGGCCAAGGGGCCGCCCCCGGUCCCUUCCAGGAGCUUUGUGUCCCCUGGAGGCCUGGGAAGUAGGUGGAAGGCCUCAAGGGGGGACCAAGGGGCUGCCGGCUUCUCGUUUGCAUGUACCCUACAGACUGGAGGGGGUAGAUGGUGGAAGUGCGCGGUUGGUCUUCAGGUUCCCCCCCUCCGCUCCCUUCCAGCUGCCUGGCUGUGUGUUCUCUAGGGGCCUCCGAUGGUGGUGGGAGGCUUCAAAAGGGGCCCAAGCAACCGCCUGCGCCCCCGUUCAGGUGCCUGCCUGUGCCCUCAGUGCAUCCGCUAGGCCUCGCCGCCGCAGCAGUGCACCGGCAACGGAAGGCCUCCGAAGACGGCAAAAGGCGAGGGGCGGGACCCCCUGAGCCGUGCCGCCUGUACCCUCCGGGCCCUUGGUCAUCGGCUUGCUUGCUCUUGCGACCGUGGCCGUGGCCGCCUCGGGCGGCUUUUUACCCCGGAGGCCUCCGCCUCCUGCCUGCGAGGGUCAGCAGAGGCCAGGCGGCCCCGUAGGAACACGCUGAGAGGCCCAAGGGGAGGAAGGCGCGAAGUUUUGACGCCUUCCACCACUAGAAUCCGCGAAAAAUCCGCGCGGAAAAGGCCACCACAGACCAGACCACAGGGGAGGGAGGGGGGGGGGGCGCUCGGCCUUGAGUCAUAUAUGAUCCAGGGCUUGGGGCUGCCGGGGGUGGCAGGCCUCAAAGGUAGGCCAGGUGGUCGCCUUCGCUCCUUUCCAGGUGAUUGGCUCUCCUUAGAGGCCUCCGACGUAAGUAGGUCGCAGGCCUCUGAAGGCGGCAAAAGCCGAGGGGCUGGACCCCCUGUGCCGUGCAGCUUGUUCCCUCCGGGCCCUUGGUCAUUGGCUUGCUUGCUCUUGCGACCGUGGCCGCCUUCGGCGGCCUUUUACCCCGGCGAGGGAGCUCCUGCCCGCGAGGGUCGUCAGCAGAGGCCAGGAGGCCCCAAAGAAAGGAACCGGCUGAGAGGCCCAAGGGGAGGCCCGCGCCAAUUUCGGGCGCCUUCCCCCUCUAGAUUCCGCGGCGGAAAAGCGUGCGCGCGCGCCACCACAGACCAGACCACAGGGGGGGCCCCGUCUAGCCCUAAAUCAUAUAUAUGCACCGCACCAGGGAGGGAGGCCCCCCCCCCUGUGGAUAGAUCUUUGGUGGACCACGCCAGAGGGGCCCCGCCUUGCCAUCUUUGCCCGGUCUGUAGGGUUGGGCACAUGCAACGUGACAAGAGGGCCCAGCCUUUGCCACCUUUGCCAGGUCUGUAGGGUACAAGCCACAAGCCAGCGGGGUCCUGCUGCCUUGUGUCCUUUGCCAGCUUCAGCGUCCUCCGGUUUCGGGCGCUCUAGGGUACGGGCAAGAAGCGGGAAGGGGUCAGAAGUGGGCGCUUUGAGGCCUUCCCGCCCGGCAGCCCCUCGGAAAGAGGGUCCGGGGCUGGGAGGCCGCCCCCCUCAAAAAGUUAGAUCGGGGGGGGGCCUUCAGCCUUGAGCCUUGGAGCAUAUAUAUGCUAUACUAGUUCACCCCUAGAAAUAUCCGCCACGGCCAGGGCGACUUCGUUCUCCAUAAGAGCAUCACCAACGCACCCCACCUCCACAAGAAGAAUCGCUAAGACAAAGACGAAGCAAGUUCUCGCUCUACAAGCCAAUGCAGUCAAUGCCGCAAAGAACGAGAUGAAGAGCAUGAUCGUUGCUGCCAAUCAGGAACAAACGCAACAGCUAGUCAAACUGCUCAUACACAUGCACGGGCAGCAAAUGGACCAGUUUAUGACUUCAUCACAUUCACCAUCAGAAGUAGAUCAGUAAUUAUAUGACGCUAGAUCAUCCACAUCCUACGGGUGAUCUAUUGCGCAUGUCCGAAUCAGGGUCUUCUUCAUCUGGAACUACUGGCGUCAUAUUUCAUGUCAACUAACAUCAAGAGCAUGCGAUACCUAAGAUCCCCAAGUAGAAGUGGACCCAGGACUUAUUCAAUCUCAAUAUGGGCAUAUUCAUAUUCAUAUAGUUGAACAAGAAGAAAGGAAAGUAAAUAAAGGCUUUUUCUAACGAUGUGAAAGGAGCGAAUCUGAAUGCAGAGGAGCUGGAGAGAAAGCAGACCGAGGCUUUCGCGAAGCUGGAGGAGUCGUUGGCUGCGAUCGACGUGAAAAUCGAAAACGUCAACGGUGAGCUGCAGCUGAUUAAAGAGACGGCGAACGAGAUCAACAGCCGCGUAGAGAAAGCCGUCAUCAAACUAGACGAGAUGGAUAAGAAACUCGUUGAAGUUGGAGGCAAGUUGGAUCGCAUGUCCUGGCUUCAACGAGUGCAAAACGCACUGGGAACAACGAUGUUUACCGCGAUCAUCAUCCUGGCGGUUAUUGUCUUGUUGUGAAACUGAGAGCUCUCUCUCGAAGUCGAAUGACGCACCUCCAUGCAUAUGAGUUGUUAACUUUUUCAAUUGAGCACUGAGCAGGAAGUCGAAAUUACUUACGAACUUGAUAACUCUAAUGUCGAAGCUCGUGGAGUAGUUGUUGCAUACUUGUUGCUACUUACUUAACGAAUUUUCGCAUCCGUUUCUUUGAGCCACUGCCACAGUUGCCCGAGAAAUAUCUUUUUUUGAUUUGCGUCUGCGCUUCCUUAGGUAGUGGACCUACGGGCUAACGUGUAACAGAACUAGACCGGGACCGCCCGCUGGAGUUGUAACUUUGCGAGAAUACAGAUUUGUCCUGCUUGAGCACUGCUUUCGAUUGAGAACCAAGAGUCUCAUCAGCUGUCUGCAACAUGUACUACACGUAACACAAGUGAUCACAUGACUGAAAUAAGCUUGAUGCCUUACGUUCUUUUUGAUUUAUGAUAACAUAUAUAAGUAUCGUUUCUACUGGUUAUAGCAAGCUGCUACAGUUUUGGGAAAAACUACACGAAACUACAAUCAGUUCGAGCGCGAGCGGCGCAAAGCUGACCUGCAGGGUCUGCGCAGACCACCAGCAUGGCUGGCCUUUUAUGGGGCGAUGAUCAUACCAGCAUCAGAGGAAACUCAAAAUUUUCAAC